GUCGAUGAAACACAAUGUUGACAGUGCUGUUAUUGGUUUGGUGGCGAAAUUGGCACAAUUUUUCCAGUGACGAAGCUGCUGCCCAAGUAAUGUUGUGUCCUGUCCAGUGCAGUAAUCCGGUAAAAGUGUAUCGGGUGAAGAAAAAGUGUUUCGACAAUCGGGACGGUUUCCUUGGUAGAUGUAGUGUAGAUGGUAGUGACAGUAGUGCAACCGUAGAGCAAUAGAUAGAUCAUAAAACGGACAGUGUGUGUGUGUGAGUGGGUUGGUGCAAACGGGAGCAACGAGCGGACGAAGUUGCCGCCAAAUGUUGUCGGUUGUGCUCAGUACGGCCACGAUAACAAUGAACAGAGGCGAGCAGGAGAAUCUCUUUCGGCAGUCACGAAAUCUAAGGCUGCAGCAAGAGGAGAAACAUCAGCUUCAGUUUCAGCAACAGCAGCAAUAUCUGAACAAACCACGUCACUUUUCGUACGGUAACAUCCACCAGGUCAGUAAUCUUCAUAUGCAAGCCUCUAACUCGCGAUCGUUUGGCGAUGAUCGCGGCAGCGGUAGCCACCAGUUUGCGGGGGUUGCAUGCGAUGACCUGGUGCUUAGUGUGCUCAAAUCUCCCGUCAAGGAGACAACAAAUCUGCUCAGUAGUAGCAGUAUCUGCGGUCAGAUUAUAUCGGCAAGUCCGAGUGCCGGUAGCAAUGGCUUGGGGACCGGGGCAAACACCGGAACGGGAACGGCGACCACGCAAACGCCGAGUCCCUGCGCCGGAUAUCAGGCUUUGCACGGUUCCGAGGAUGAAAUGAUUGAUGAUAUCGAGUCGGCAAUGGAAACGACCGAGCUGAAUGCCGUCAAAAUGACGGCGGAACCGUCUUCCUCCCCACGGGCACUAAAGUUCCUGCGUCGAUUUCGGACGGGUAAAAUGGGUCGCUUCGAGCCGCACCAUAGACGCGUUCCGACGCCCAUCCGGCGUAAAAAUCGUAGCCGCUCGAGGUCCCGUUCGAACGCGGACAUUCUGGACGGAGUCACGACCGGCGAUGAUCCGUGCGACGUUCUGCCGGGGGACGAUCCCUGUGACGACGGCGGUGAAGCACCCAUCACGCAGAAAAUCGGUGUUUCCGAUCCGUACUAUCCUAUUGCACUGCCGAUUGAUCAAGCGUUCAAAGCCAAAUAUGUUUUCCAUCACCGUCGAGGCAAAACGGUACAGGAGCGGUUCUAUGUAUUCCUGGAGCACCCGGUCGGUUGGCUGUGCUUUAUAUACCAUUUCUCCGUAUUCAUGCUCGUGCUGGUGUGUUUGAUAUUUAGCGUGCUGUCGACGAUAGACGAGUACAGUAAGUUCGCGAACGAGACCUUAUUCUGGAUGGAGAUCUGUCUGGUGGUGUUCUUCGGUGUGGAAUACCUGGUGCGGCUGUGGUCCGCCGGCUGCCGGUCCAAGUAUAUGGGCUUCUGCGGCCGGCUGCGGUUCAUUCGCAAGCCGAUAUGUAUUAUAGAUUUAAUAGUAGUAGUAGCAUCAAUGGUUGUGCUGUCAGUGGGCUCAAAUGGACAAGUGUUCGCAACCAGUGCGAUCCGGGGCAUCCGAUUUCUGCAGAUUCUCCGGAUGCUGCACGUGGAUCGACAGGGCGGCACCUGGCGGCUGCUCGGCUCCGUUGUCUUCAUUCAUCGGCAGGAAUUGAUAACGACGCUGUACAUUGGUUUCCUGGGGCUAAUAUUUAGCUCCUACUUUGUGUUUCUGGCGGAGAAGGACAUCACCAGUCCGGAUGGACGACAACCGUUCGCCAGCUACGCGGAUGCCCUCUGGUGGGGAGUCAUAACGGUGACUACGAUAGGCUACGGUGACACGGUGCCCCAGACGUGGAUGGGCAAAAUCGUGGCGUCGUGCUUCAGUGUGUUUGCAAUCUCAUUCUUCGCACUUCCGGCGGGCAUCCUCGGGUCUGGUUUCGCACUCAAAGUUCAACAGAAGCAACGCCAGAAGCACUUUAACCGCCAGAUUCCGGCGGCAGCAAUGCUGAUACAGUGCCUCUGGCGCUGCUAUGCCGCCGAUAAGAGCUUCCACUCGGACGCGACCUGGCAGAUAUACGUCAAGUCCGACGAUCAGAAUGCCAACAGCUCAAACAUCAGCGCCGCCCUACCCUCGCAGCUGGGCAAAACCCUAAUGGUACAGGUGGCGAGACGCGGUGCAUCGGUGCUGAAGCGAAGGAAAUCCCGAAACCGGAUGGAGGUCCCGGGCCUGAAGAACGCUGCGUUGGCGUCGACGGUCGCAACCUCUGGACAGGGCAACUCCGGCGGUGCAGCAUCGGCAACCCCCUCGGGAGUGGCAACCGGUGGUGGUGGUGGCAGCUGUAGUGGACCACCGGGGACUCCCGGGGUGGGCAGUGGUGGUGUCGGUGCCAGUACAUCGGCAGCCGGCAGCGAAAAUACUCUCGGGACGCCAAUCACUCCCGCGGCCGAGUCGCACCUUUCCAAGAGCGAAUCCGACGGUGACGUUGUGUUCUACAUGGAGGAACCGAGGGCGGCAGGUACACCGUCCCGAACGAGGCGAAACGACCCGAAUCGAGGUGCAUUCGUGAGCCAAAACAGUUCCGUCACGGAGGCUCCCAGCGACGAAGUCGAAGCAGAGCCGGAACCAGAUGACGAACCGGAACCAGCUCGGGUGACACAGUUAACGGAGGCACAUCGGAACGCCAUCCGGGCAAUCCGGAAGAUCAAAUACUUCGUCGCGCGGCGAAAGUUCCAGCAGGCCCGCAAACCGUACGACGUCCGGGACGUGAUCGAGCAGUACUCGCAGGGCCACCUGAACAUGAUGGUUCGCAUCAAGGAGCUCCAGCGCCGGCUGGAUCAGACCCUGGGCAAACCGGGCAGCUAUCUGGCCGGGAUAGACCGGGUCGGUAACAUCAAACCGAUGACCGUCGGAGCGCGGCUGUACCGCGUCGAACAGCAACUAUCUGUGAUGGAUAAGAAAUUAGAUCAAUUAACCCACGCCAUUAACUCAAUGACCAUGCAGCAGAAGAUGAUAUUACCCCCAAUGCAACCGUCUAUGUUCCACGCUCCGCCGCAGACCCAGCAGCAGCAGCACCUGCAGCAGAUGGCGGUCCUCGGUUGUCUGCCCCCGCUGCAGUUACCCCCGGCACCCUCGCAAGCGAACUCACCAACGCCGACCAAGUGCAUCGAAGACGAUGUGUAAUAUUGGAUUUAAGCUUUCAUCCAUAGUUUAGUGCUAGAGCAAAAAAACCUUAGAAGUCUUUUUACCUUCAAAUACUAACUUUAAGCAUCGUUAAGCAGUUACCCUUAGAACAAUGACGGCUAGUCGAGAGAAUAAUAAGUGAGGGGAGAAAAAGUAGUAGUCUUUAAUACAACAGCCAGAUAACUUGGAAGUGAUUUUUAUAAACAAAUUCAACUCUAAACUGAGAAGCAAAUAAGUAAGAAUCUGUAGUGAAAGCGAAGACAAAAAAAUGCAUUUAAUAACAAAGCUACAUAAGUAUAUGAACAAUACAAAACCAGAGGAAAAACAAACAAAAACUUUUAGAUAAGCGAACUGAAACUAAAGAUUGAAUAGCACAAGAUCGAACCAAAACCACACUAGUUUACUGAAGCUUGACUUGCGAAACUCUUCACUUGAAAAAAAGGAAUGAGAGGAUGACACACAGAGAAAACGCGCGAGAAAGAGAGGAUAAGAGAGUAAAAAAACUGGCAAAUCUCAUUCAUCAAUCAGCCUACCAUGCCACCAUACAUAAUUAUAUUGUACAUUGUCGAUCAUACGAACAAGAGAAAUUUCAAAAUGGCCUACCGAAAGCGCAGCGAAUUCAGAAACCCAUUUGCUGGGAAUACGAUGUUCGGUUAGGUUUUUGUUUGCAGCGGCUCUCGUUUUAGUUGUUCGGUUUGUUUUUUGUACUAGGCAAGUUAUUUAGUGAAAAUCUCUAUGCAGUAGGUGAUGCAUUCGCAAUUGUGACUGAUGGAUCGUAUGUAUGUGUUGGAUUUGCUGGUUGAGAUGUUUUGGGGGUUUUCGAAGAGAACUUGCAAGGUUUGGUAAUCGUUCGAAGAAUUCCUGAAGGACCAUCGAAAUGACGUUGUUUCUUUCAAAGUGUUAGGCAUUUCGCAGUCAACAUUGUUUGAAAAAUAGUUAAUAAACAAUGUUAUCCUUCAGAGUAUUUCUUCCUGGAAAUUUUAGACACAAAUCUUUAUUUUUCGGAUAAGUAGCUUUCAAGCUAAUUUUUUAUUUAAUAAAUCAUAAUCUCAACUCUAAAAACAGCUUUUUAAAAAGCGGCUUGUGAUGAAAAUAUCUAUGAUAAAUGUUUAUUGCUUUUUUUAACUGGCAAUUAAGCUGCUCUAAACACCCCCAAAACCUCUGGCAUGACCCGACCGAUCCUAAGUUGACAACCGUCGAAAGAAAAUAACACCUUCAAAACUCAUUAGGAUUAAAUUUGGUAAUUCAAAUUGUACUUAAACCAACAACCAGUUAAUCCAGUCGAUCCUUUAAAAUUUUCUAAAAGCAAUAAAAAUCUGAAAGUGAACUGUAUGUGUGUGUGCUAAUGUGCUGUACGCAAAUUUAGUGAGUGUAGUGAUUGUUAUCUUCGGAAUGUUUUAUCCGUUUCGCCGCCGAAGCAAAAUUCCUGCCUCCCAUAGAAAGCGUCCGGAUGGCCAUUAGAAUGUGGAAUCUGUUUUUGUACUAUAUGAUACAAGAAAAAAGCAAAAAAGUUUUCAUAUUCUUGCGGUCAUCCGAUGGGGCGCCCUGCAACGAAGGGAAGGUGGCUCUUCGAACUCUCAUUUCAUUUUUAUUCCUUCGUUAUUUAAGUAUACUAAACGGAGAAAAAAAGGAAAAACGCGGUACGCACAAUGAGUUUUUUUCUUUUUCGAUCUGUAACUUUUUAUUUUUCGCUUGUUAGUAAAUGACGAAAUGCAGAAACUAUUUUAACGUUAUUUGUUAAACAAAAAACCGUUAGUUAACGAAAGCUAUUCAAGUUUCGUAGAUUUACACCAAAAACCUAUAUUUCACUUAAGUGUUAACUACUCGAACGUUGCCGAAUCGUUUUAAGGUAAUAAUGAAAAGUACUUACUGUGAUCACUCAAAACCGUGUAGAAACUCCAUCUCUAGUGGAUGUUGCGUGCAGUUUCUAUUCACCGAUCGAAUGCAACGCAGAAAGUGGGAUCGAAAUGCUGAUGUAAAUAUUGACCCAACUCAACCACUUUAUUCGAUUCCAUAUUCGAUAAUAUUGUUUGUAGAGAGAAGUUGUACAUUUUCUUAACUGACUUAGACAGGUUAUAAUUCGAGCCUCCAUAUCGAUUUUUGCGAGUAUAAAUAGCAUGUAAGGACUAUUUUCGUAAAAGAGAACUUGAAACAAAAACUGUCGCUGAAGCUGGAAACAAAGAAUAAAAAAACAGAACGUUAGUAUUACUGCGUAGAGUAAGUUGGUCAUAAACAUACUUACAAUAACAAAAAACAUAGUAAAUGAAGAUAUAAAAGCUUAAGGGUCCAAUCCUGUUUGCCUCUACCGUUCGAAGAAUGAUCUGAUGAAAUAUAAAAAAUAAUUUUUAAAACAGUUACUCCAUCUUUCCGAGCACGAUAAUGUUUAUGAUCAGAGUUUUUCGCUUAUACCUACCUUGUAAAUAGCCUUUUUCCAAACGUACCCUGUCGGCAGUAGAUUCAAACUUUGACCAAAGUAGGUUCAUAUUUAACUAAAUUUGCACCCAGAAAGAUUAAACUAGUUCCUUCAAUCUCUACAAAUAAAUAUGUACAACCAACAAACAAAACAAGAAAUAGACCAACAAAACCAGUUCAGAAUUCACAUAUCCUUCCCCUAUACAGUCUCAUGCAACAGUUGGGAGCCAAUGAAACUACAAGUAAUACAAUAGCAUCUUUGAAUCUAUCUUCUUCGUCUUUUUCUUCCCUCUUCUGCCCUUAAACAAAACAAAACAAAAACAACUUUUACAACACACAAAUCCAAAGGUUUCCGACCGGACCACAUAUAGCCCCUCAUCUCCCGUCAUCGCUGAAAACCGGACCGUAAAGGCUCCAUGAUACAGAACAGAACAGAAACCGUAGACCGUAUUGUAGAAGCAACAAAUAAGCAAGUUAGCAGAUAGAAACUCACUAUUUUCGAAACAACGUCUAGGUACUGUACUUCAAUACUAUACCGUAGGGGCCUCUACUUUUAACAAAACAAAAUAAACUAUCGAACGAAAGAUAAUGGUUCAAGAAAAAAAAAACAUAAUUGAACUAAAAAAAAACCCGUAACCGAUCUUCAUGCUUGCUGGAAAUCAUUAUCUCAAGGAUGAUUCCGUUGGAUACCGAAUUGGUCACACGACGAAUUUCAAGUACCUAGUUUUUCAUUAUUGUUGCCGAACUAGUAAAACUAUCUCGAAAAAAGAUCUGAUGAAUCUAUACGCUUUAAGACGCUAUCAUUUACAAAUGAAAUCCUCAUUAAUCAGAAUAAAAAGAAGCAAUCCCAAAUGAGAUCUUUGAGUGACAUGAAUUAAAUGAGACUCUAUGUUGGUUAUUUUCGACGAGAUUCAGAAAAUGAAACGAACAGAGCAAACAGACUUUUUUAGCAGCUCUUCUUUAUACAUAAACUUUCAACUGAACUAAUCCAAAAGAUUGUAAAAUGCCAUGCACAUAAAAUUGGUUUACCAGAUACUCGACGCAAAUUGCGCCUUCUGUAAGGCAAGUAAUCGCCUUAUCGGAAGAAAAUAAAGCAUGAAAAGAAUAGAACAGACUAUUUUCCGUUAUAUUCUCUUGAUACUUGAAAUCGUUCAACAACAAACGAAUCAAAAGAUUCGCUGGCGAUGUCGAUGUCGCGAAUCAAUGUGAUGCAUACGAUAGCUGGGAGUAUCAAAAGCAAGAUAAGAGAUGCUAGAUCUGCAGAAAUAGUAGGGGUCUUCACAUCGAGCUCGUAUACGAAUACCCAGCCGUAAACUGUGUAUCUUCCAUUACUCGUCAAUGGAGGUGAGUAUUUUUACGGCUGGGUAUUUGUAUACGAGCUCGACAUGAAUUCCCAUAGUGUAUUUCAAUGAAAAUACGGAUCUGUAGACAAAAUAUUUCUGCAGCAUUCAACACAAUUUCUGUAGAGUUACACGUUUUUUUUUAAAUGAAACCCAACUUUAAAAAAAAAAUUCAUCGAUUUUGGAGAGUGGCAUAAUGCAGCUUGGCAGUCUGAGAAGAUACCGAUUUUUGCAUGCCUAUAGUAAUGUUUAAGACAUAUCUUGGCACAGAAGGGUAUAUUCCCUAUUACCAGGCUUGUUAACUCCGGAACCAAUAUUGUUUUACACCAUAAACAAAGCUCAGCUUCUUUCGUUACACGAAGAUCUAGAGACGGCAGGCAAAGCAUGGCUUUCAAAGCUGCCACUGGUGUAGUGCGAAUGGGGCUGGUAAAGGAGAGACAGGCCAGUCUUAAUUCAAAAAUUCAUGUUUUUUUGAUGUUCAUACAUUACAUGUAUGAAAGAAUUGGUUAGUCCUUUUGCGGCUUCCUUAUCACAUACUGCAUCAGAUUUUGACAGUCGAUUUAUCGACCUUCUUAGCUGCUACAUGCCAGUUCACCUUGAAUUGCUGCUCGCUCCCGAAGACUUUUUUUUGUCUUCCGUAAGUUUCGCUUUACGAUGGCCCAAUACUGUUCGAUCGGGCGAAACCAUGGACUGAUGGGAGAGUUCUUAUCCUCAGCCACGCAUUUGACGUUGUUGGUCGCAUACAACUGCAGAGCCUCUUUGCCGUAGUGACAUGAGGCCAAAACAGCACGGAACUCGUGUGAAAGAAUCAUCAUUGGAGGCUCUCGGUGACGUAAACUUGCUGGUUGUUCUCUUUACACAGCAUAUCGCCUGCCAAUCCAGACAUUCCUUUGCGAAUUUCAACAAUUUAUUGUUUUUAAAUAUUCCUGCUACCCUGCCUCUUCCCGUCGCCGUGUAGAAUUGUUGUCCCGGAAGCUGGUUAAAGUUGGUCUUGACGUAUGUCUCGUCAUCCAUAACGAUACAGUCGAAUUUGGUCAACAUCGUCGUGUACAACUUCCGUGUCCACGUUUUAGCCGAUUUGUUUUGCUUUUCUUCGCGGUUUGAUGUGGUGUGGGACACUCCGACUUUAUCAGCCACAUCCCGGAUCGAUGAGUUUGGAUUUCUUGUGUAUGUUCUCUUCACCGCUUUGGUUGUCUGUUCGACCGUCGGAAUGCGGUUUCCUUUACUUCCAGGCUUCCGAGUAGUGGUUUACCUUUCCCCAAACACUCUAAUCACUUAAGACACCGUCGAUUGAGCUAAAUCGAGCUUUUUCGCUAAAAGAUAUGCGACAAAAGCGGAAAUUCUUGGUGCGCGUGCAAACUUUUUAAACGCCUUUCUCUUGCGUGGAGGCCAUUUCGAACACUCAAGAGCGUACGCCGAAAGCAAAGUAGGCACUUUCUACGCAAAUAGGGGUUUAAAUUUUUUUUUAAUUAUCGAUUAUGGGAAUAAUGCUGAAGUUAAGCACUUAUUGGUCGUUCCACCCUUUAUCCAGUGCGUAUAUUCCUAAUACUUCAGCGACUUUUCACCAGACUUCUUCCGUUCUCUUGAUUUUUGCCCAAAUUUCCUUUUCUACCUGCCAAACCUCUUGAAGAACUAGACUUUCUCUCACACAGAGUGAGUAAUUAUCCACAUUUAGGCGAAAAGUAUUUCAGUCGCAGAGUUCCUUUUCACUCUUCAUCAUCACGUGUUAGGGAUAAACAAUUAUUUGCUCUCUCAGUUUAAGAGGGAGUAGUUUUCGCUAGCUUCUCCUUUACUAGAAGAAAAGUUGGCCAAAUAUCAAAACAAAUAGGUUCACAUUGAAGCCACAUCCUAACCGUUUUCGAAUUUAAUAUUAUAGAAAGAUUCGCAACUCACUAUGGGUGCGUAUUCUGCAGAAAGUUCGGUUUUAUACUGUUUUUGUCGCACCCCAGAGCGAUGAGAACGGUAACGCAAUGCUCAGUUGGUCGCCUAGCAAUUUAUUUCAUUUUUCUUGCGUGCGCGGAUGAGCAAUUUACAAGAGUUUCACUGGAUUUCUGCUCUGUCAAAUUAGGAGCGUUUUUUCGUCAGAGAAACUAUUACUCUGCGCUCUCACUACAGCAGAUGGUGUGCGCGUUCCAAUGCCAUGAAGAGCAAUUUCCGUCGAUUUACCAAGUUGGUAACCGUACUUACUUACUUCAGCAACUCGUCGUAAAUCUAGACGUCUCGACACCCACAGAUCCGCUUCAACUUGGUCAAGCCAUCGAGCCAUAUUCCAGGUGCCGGUGGGGUCCUUGUAGAGAACCGAUUUUACCGCACGGUCGUCCGGCAUCCUCGCGACAUACCCGGUCCACCGUAGCCUCCCGACCUUCGUCAGGUUUACAAUAGGAAUCUCUCCAAAUACGAAUACACCACUCUCCGCUUUAGGUUUGUACACCUCCAAAUAUUGUCCGCAACACAUUCCGUUUAAAUACGGCCAGUGUGCGUAUGUCCUUUGUGAGCAGUGUCACGGUUUCGAGUCCAUAGAGAACCACGGGUCUAAUUAGGGUUUUGUACAUCGCACAAUGGUCGGAAAAUUAAGAUUUACGGCCAAAAUUAUUUUCUCGUUGUCAGAUUGUUUGUUUUCUAAUGUAGAUAAUUUUGUCAUAUGAGAAAGUAUUGUAAUGACAAGGGGCUGUCCAUAAACCACGUGAAUUUAAGCAUAUCUAAUUUUUUUUUUCAAAACCAAUGAAAAAACUCGUCACUGUAUACAAACGAAUGAUUAUACUAAUUUUACGAAUUCUCAAUGUGUUCUGGACCAAAUUGGUGUGAUAUACGAAAAAUUUCAUUAAUAAAUCACCCAAAAAUUCAAGAUAUAUAGGAAAAAUGAAUAACUUUUAAUCGCCUUUUUUCUACAAAAACGCAAAUUUUCCGCAAACUUUUAACCUUGGUUCUUAAAGGGCACAAACAGGGCUCUCAGGCACACUAUCAGGAGCUGUGCUUACACGUGCUUACAUUUGAUGUUUUUGGAGGUCAUAAUUAAGAAAAUUCCGAAUAUUUUCUACGUGGCCUGCGGCAGACUCUGCAAGGUUAAAAUCAAAUUCUCUUUCGGUUUUAGGAAGCUAAUGUAAUAAGCUCUUAAGGUGAAACCUCAUUGAAUCCAAAAAUGGCCGACUUCGAGUCACCACUUCGAAUUUUCGAAAGCACAAGACUCGGAAAUAGUUAAUGCGUUCCCUGUGAAAAUGCUAUUUUAUGUUUGCUGUGGUGAAGCAAACAUAAAAUAGAAUUUUCAAAUGGAACGCAUUGAGUAUUCUCGUAUGAGUAUUCUGCUGAAAAUUCGAAGUGGUGACUCAAAGUCGGCCAUUUUUGGAUUCAAUGAGGUUUCACCUUGUGUGCAAACAUACCAUAACAGGUUAUGUUGGAUUUUAUAUAUUCCAAAAUAUUCUGAAGAAUUGUCUUCCCUCAUUUUUGAAAGAGGUAACUUUGGUGGCGUUUUUCGACAUUAACCGAUUUAUUUAUCAAGAUUUCAUUGAUAAAUUAUGAAAACAUAGAUCAAAAACUACAAAAUCAUGUGCCCCAAACUUCCCAAUUAUGAAAUUCGCAUUUUGGUAUUUUGGCCACUCCUCUAUAUGGAGACGGUCUUAUGUGCAUCGUCAGUUUCGUGCGGCGGCGUAUGCUCCUGGCGCGUCCUGUGAAGGGCAAAGUAGGCUCGAUUUUCCAGCUUGAAUAUGGCGUUAGACCUCCUUACUUGUGUUAUUGUCAGCGCUUACCAGUGAUCUCAAGUAUACGAACUCCUCUACCACUUCGAGUUCGUCGCCGUCCAUGAUCUCCGUCCGUGGGAGGCGAAUGUUGGUUUCAUCCAGGUCGUCUGUGAAGCCUAUGAGUUGACUACCUUUGACUACUCUUUCUCCCAAAUCCUAGAGAUUACCCAGUGGAGUGCCGUUGCAAGUGCCUCUUUUACAUGUUUAAAGAGUUCUUCCGGCAGCCUGUCCUUGCCGGCGGCUCUGUUGUUCUUGAGUGACCCAAUUUCCCCUUUGAUCUUCAGGAUAUCGGGAAGUGCGACACUACUGUCGUUUGUAGGCACUCCAAGGAUAACUUCCCUUCCGCCUCCUUCCGUUGCUCCGCUGUUGAGAUGCUCAUCGAAGAACUGCUGCCACCUGUCAAACACCCCGCGAUUGUGAUCAGGUUUUUCUCCACGUCUCUACACAUAUCUGGACUCGGUGUCUAGCCUUUACGGGAUUGGUCCACCUUCUCAAAAAACUUGCGCGUAUCGUUAGCCCGAAACAAUUGCUCCAGCUCUUCACGAUCUAUAUCGAUCUCUGUCCUCGCGCAUAGUUCUAGGCAGCUUGAGGGCUGGUUAACUUCCGGAUGUUUGGCCGGAGGGGGCGGUUCUGAUGUGUUUGAAAUACCGUGGAAAGUUUUGAACGCACAUGUACUGCUACUAGGUGGUGACCUGAGUCGAUAUUCGCACCCCGGAGGAAGCGUAUGUUUGUAAAGGGUGAGAAAAAUCGGCCAUCAAUGAGAACGUGAUCAAUUUGAUUUGUUGUUCGGUAGGCAGGUGAUCUCCAGGUGGCUUUGUGGAUAUCUUUGCGUGGAAAGAAAGUGCUUCUAAUCACUAGGCCUCGGGAAGCUGCGAAGCCUUUGUCGUUCAGGUCAGCGUGUAGGCUGUGAGGCCCUAGCAUCGGUCUAUACAUCGCUUCCCUACCAAUCUGUGCGUUCAUAUCACCGAUGACGACCUUGAUGUCCCGUAAUGAGCAGCCGUCGUAUGUUGCCUCCAACUGCGCGUAGAACGAUUCCUUCUCGUUGUCAGGGAGGUAGUGCGGGCAGUGGACGUUGAUAAUGCUGUAGUUGAAGAAACGACCUUUAGUCAUCAACAGACACAUCCUCUCGUUGAUCGCCUUGCAAUUGAUCACGUAAUCCUGCUUUAUGCCCAUAACACAAAACCCCGUUGGUUGCUUCACCGAUCUGGGAGAACUGGGCCUUGCCUCCACGGACUUUCCACACUUUCCCACCUUUGCAACAGAUCUCCUACAGAGUCACGAUGCCGAACUUGCGAGAUUAUAGCUGCUCAAGCAGCACCCUGUGCCCACAAAAUAUGCAGUUCCAGGUACCGAGUUUUCACUCGUGGUCCGUGUUUUGUUGUUUUGUUGUGUUUUUUGUCCAUGCUGAAUGUUCCGAGUCAUAUUUUCUUGAUUGUUCAUAGUGUAAUUGUUUAGGUUGGUUGCCUUACUUGGGCCACGCUACCGAGUCUCGUAAUAGGGCUGCCAUCUUGGGUAUAGCGUUUGAGACAACACGCUCCUUGAUGCAGCCGCCCGCUCCAGGUCAGACGCUGUUAUGAGCUGCCACUAGCCUGGGAAACAGACGCUCAAAAAGGCUGGGUUUUCCUCCUAGGAGGUCAACCCACAUCCCCCUUUUCUGUCAGUAUACGGGUUGGUUACCAUGAAGACUAUUCCAUAACAACCAAAUUUAUAUUCUUAAUGAAAAUAAUGUUCUGGCAUUAAACUCGCAAUGAUGGAGGAUAAAACUGGAAACAAAACGUUAAUUUAAUGGCUUGAGUUGCUUUAGAUAUUCAAAUUAAGCCAAAAUUGCAUCCUCAUGAAGAUAAGAGAAUAUGAAGAGAAGAGAGUAGCACAACUUUCCACUGUUGUGUGGAUAUUCGUCUCGAAUGAAGUGGAACAGCACGAUGUCAAAAAUAGAAAAAAACAGAAACUUUUUUUCCUGAAGAAAAGUAUAUUUUAGGACGUCAAAGCUCCCGUAAGAUCUGAUUCCGGUAUUCAACCAUCACCUUUCCAUGUAAAUAUCACCUCUUUCUUCGUACUAAGUUAGAAUCAAACCUUGUCCUGUCAGAUUAUAAUUUAAUUUCACGACAGCAAACAAUCGGUUUGCGUCAAAAGUACGUUCCUACUAUUUUAAGUAGCAAAGAAACAAAUCAUCAUUAAUGGCUAGCAUAAUUGCAACAGCACCGAAACACAAAUUUAAUUCGAAACUUUCUGUUACUCCAUGUCUUGAAGACAUAGUUUUUUUGGUGUUCGACAGCUUCUAGAAUAAUACCAGCCAUUUAAUUAUCGGUUUAAUCUAUUUGCAAUAAGCGACAUUGUAAAUAUACGUACGAAGAAUAAACAAAAAACACACACACAGCAAAUAAACUGGUAUAAAAAAACACACUUACACGGGUUUCUAUACUAUAUAUACUAUAUAUAGCGGAAAGCGUUCGAAGCAGAGGGGGAACAGUUCUUGAAAACUGCUUAACAAUGUAAAUUUGCAAAUGAAAAGAAAGGAAAUCAAUAUCAAUCAAUAGAGAAGAAGGCAAGUGAGUGCACUAAACCGAACUACUACAUACACAGAAAAACCGAAUGAAAUAAGCUUUAUCGAGCAAAUAGUGAGUAAACCGAACCGAAUCAGCAACUAAGUAUUUGGCGUUACGUUUGACUAUUUUAUCGAAUCGGACAGUAACGAUGCGGAGAAUCAAAUUACAGUUGGAAUUUAUACAAAAUCUCGUUAAAAAAUAAGAGAUAAUUAUAAUCCAAUCCACACAGAGACAUUUUACGACCUUGGUGACAGUUAGAGAAAGCAGAACGAACAUAGAGCAAAUACCGAUGGAAGACAAAGCGCAUAUUAUUACAAUUAACGUUAAUUAAUUAAUACCCAAUCACAGGAGGAUGAAUUAUCAGUAAUUAUCGUAAGUCUAAUCGUACAUUUAUAUUCAAUCUAAUUUCACUUUUCAAUUUUAAACGAUCCAAAGAUGAGAAUACCAAAACAAGCUAAGCAAAACAAAACAGCAAAGAAAAAAAAUUAAAACAAAGAGAAAUAAACUAAUUCUUUUCUGA